CCCUGCAGCGUCGGCCUGCGGACGUCGGACGGAGGCGCGUGGUCCCGGCCCGGGAGUCGCCAGAGACAGGACUUCGCGGAGCCCGCUCGCGCCCGCGGGCGACGCGCCGCCCUCGCCCAGGGUGGUGCCAUGUGGGGCGGCCGCCGCUCGGCAGCCGCGCCCUCGGAGAACGGGCGCGCCGCUCCGCUCCUGCAGCUGCUGCUGGCCGCGCUGCUGGCGGCGGGGGCGCGGGCCAGCGGCGAGUACUGCCACGGCUGGCUGGACGCGCAGGGCGUCUGGCGCCUCGGCUUCCAGUGCCCCGAGCGCUUCGACGGCGGCGACGCCACCAUCUGCUGCGGCAGCUGUGCCUUGCGAUACUGCUGCUCCAGCGCCGAGGCGCGCCUGGACCAGGGCGGCUGCGACAACGACCGCCAGCAGGGCGCCGGUGAGCCUGGACGGACCGACAGAGAUGGCCCCGACGGCUCGGCAGUGCCCAUCUACGUCCCGUUCCUCAUCGUCGGGUCGGUGUUUGUGGCUUUCAUCAUCCUGGGCUCCCUCGUGGCAGCCUGCUGCUGCAGAUGUCUCCGGCCAAAGCAGGAGCCGCAGCAGAGCCGAGCCCCGGGUGGGACCCGCCUGAUGGAGACCAUCCCCAUGAUCCCCAGCGCCAGCACGUCCCGAGGCUCUUCCUCGCGCCAGUCCAGCACAGCGGCCAGUUCCAGCUCCAGUGCCAACUCGGGUGCCCGGGCACCCCCGACGAGGUCCCAAACCAACUGCUGCUUGCCCGAGGGGACCAUGAACAAUGUCUACGUCAACAUGCCCACGAACUUCUCCGUGCUGAACUGCCAGCAGGCCACCCAAAUCGUGCCACACCAAGGGCAGUAUCUGCACCCCCCCUAUGUGGGGUACACGGUGCCCCAUGACUCGGUGCCUAUGACCCCUGUGCCCCCAUUCAUGGAAGGCCUGCAGGCUGGCUACAGGCAGCUCCAGCCCCCCUUCCCCCACACUAACAGUGAGCAGAAGAUGUACCCAGCAGUGACCGUUUAACUCACAGGCCACCAGCUGCUGGGGUCCCUGUGCAAGAUGGAGAAGAAACAGCGAAGCCAUGCACAGACAACUCGUGAAGAGGUCUCAAAGUGCAAGUCCCAUGCAUGCUGGAAGUGUUUAUGGUACAGUUCUUUUGGACAGGUUCAUUUGCCCCCAAAAGUAUGAAAACAUCUUUGCAUUAGCAUUUUCGGAUAUGUUUCAUCCCGGUGCAUGAUUGAUUUAUAAUGGCAAAGAGGGUUAGCUGGAGAUGCAUGUGCCAACUCUGAUGGUUGUGCCUGUGACAAAUACCUGAGCCCUUAAGUGCCCUUGAGGUAUGGUUAGCAAAAGAAUUUUGUAAAUGAUAGAUUAAGGGUUUUUAUUAUACCAUUAUUAUUAUUAUUAUCAUUAUUUCUUUUUUGUUUUGAACUUUACACAAUCAGAACACCUGUUACUGCCCUUUUACUUGGGCCAUUUUUUUUAAUAAACACUCAAGGUUGAGAGGAAGACAUAACACAAUUGUUACAAAAGGAAACCCAUUUGAACUCUAUGAAAUUAGUCAUUGAUCUCACUACUUGACAGGCACAUCUUAAUUUCAGUGUAAAAAGAUAUAUUUUUUUUGCCUAUUUUGUGAUUGUCCUUUUUUUUUGUUUUACCUUGUGUAGAGAUCUUAUUACAAAGUGAUUUUCUACCUUUAAAAAAAGACUGAAAGAAAUUGUAUAGUUACUUAACUAAUCAUGACAUUUCAGAACUCUGGGAUUAUUUUAAUCUUGAAGUAAUAAGUGGUGUAGUAAUAAAACCACCCCCUUCUUGAUUGUAUCUCUUAAUUUUCUGACUUUACAGGUGACAUCUGAGAAGAUGUAAUAGUGAGAUGUUUUUAAAAUUGAAAUCUCAAACUAUCAACAGCUACCUUUCCAUGUGACUUUUAGUUUUGCUGUGCGGUAUGGCUUGGCAUAUUGUUCUGUUUGGCUUUCAGAUCCAGAUGUCUCUGUAGUACUGAGGGCAGGGAAUUAAGAGUGGUUAUAAAUGAAGGUCAAUCUUUCUGAUAGAUCUGAUAAAACAUUGUUUUGUUUUACAAAGGUGUUUAGUAUAGCUCUUCAGCUGUAAUCCAAUAUUUGGGAUGAAAUUUAAGCCACACAUACAGAUUUACUCUAUAAAUCAUAAAAGCUUUUAAUAUUCUCAUUAGUAAAAUGGCUUAUUUUUCAGGCAAUAGGGACUAUUAAGUCAGGAGAAAAGCUUUUCAAAGAGGUCUUGCCUUUCUUCCACCACGGAGUUACUUAUUUUUGUUUUCCUCUCUGUUUAGUCCAACGUGCACUGUAUUCAUUGCCAGUGUUCUGAUUUAAAUAUCCGAGUGAACUUAUUUGUGUUUACUUACUAAAAAAAAGUUUACGUGUGUGCAAGUAAAUUUCCAACUGCUAGCAAAACCAAGAUUUGUAAUUAAGCAUACCUCCAGGUGGUCUUUUACACAUUUAUCUCUCUCUAUAUAUAUCGUGACUGAAUAAUGUAAAACCAUUGGGUAUCAACACAGGUAGUCAAAUCAAAAUUUUUUUUAAAAACCAAAGGCAGGGGAGAAUCAUUUUACUUAUUAAUAAAUAUUUUAUGUUGUGAAUUCCUAGGUGAUUGGGGUGUUUUUUUGUGUGUGUUUUG